AAAAAGUGAAUCGUGGCGUCAUCUAGCAGCGAAGAGAUGGAAAUAUCUUCAAUCUACAUGUCGCUCUACAAUGUUGAAGACUGGCAAAUCCUAUAUAACCUGUGAAAAAUAAAAAUUAUUCUCAAGUAAGGAAUAUCCAGUCCUUUAUUAGAUAAAGAGUAUGGCAAACGGUAGUCAUUGCAUGUACUUUGUCAAACGGAAAAAACGUUUCUGUCGCAUGACGGUGGGCGAGGGCAAAAAUUAUUGCGGCGAGCAUCAACAAAACAUCGCCGAUUCCGACGAUACUGGUGACAGGAGAGUAAAGUGUCCACUGGAUCCCACGCACACGUGUUACCAGUCAAAGCUGACGAAGCAUCUGGGCGUGUGCAACACCAAAAGAAAUUUGGAUGCGCAACCUGCGUUUAUAGUCAAGGGUAUCAACUUGGACGAGGAGACUAUGGUGGCGCCACCGCAUGUACCGUUGUCUCAGCUCGAUGAAUCUGUUUUGGAAACGGUGAUAAGAAAGAUCCAUUCUGCCUAUGACAAACUACCAGACUUUUCUCAAGCGAUACUACAGCACGACGUGCUGAAAAACAAAUUGAGGGACGAGACCUGCGGGAGUAACGUUAGAAAACACUUGCUCCAAAACGCAUCUCUACUUGGACAUUUGGAGCAAGCUGGUCUCGUGCAGGACAAUACCUGUUUCAUUGAAUUUGGGGCAGGAAAAGCUUUAUUAACAUACUGGCUGGGGCAGAUCAUAAAAAACAAAUCGAACUCUUGCGUCUUACUAGUCGACCGUUCGAGUCAUCGGCACAAGGGAGACAAUAAACUUAGGAGGGAAGAGAAUCGUCUCGUAAUAAAAAGGGUGCGCGCCGAUAUUGCCGAUUUGCAAUUGAACAAGAUCUUGGAAAUCCACACAAUCAAAUAUAAAGUCGGGAUAGCGAAACAUCUCUGCGGGACAGCCACUGACUUGGCGAUACGUUGCUUGGCGAAGUCAAUAAACAACGAGCCUAAGGUCGAUGUUCGCGGCUUAGUCCUCGCAUUUUGCUGCCACCACAAAUGCGAAUAUUCGUCUUACGUAGGCAGAGAAUAUCUGCGACAAUGUGACUUCACCGCAAAUGAGUUCUCGGUUUUACGCAGCAUAGUUAGUUGGGCGACCUGUGCUCCUCGUUUAAAAAAUAACGUUAAACCGCAACACGAUUCCACCGUCCGGUACGACGGGCAGGAUAAUGUCAGCUGGUCUUCAAAAUUAGACGAACGCGAAAUUAUCGGACGCAAGGCUAAGACGCUGCUGAAUUGGGGUCGUUUGUCAUUUCUGCAAAGUAUUGGAUUUCAGGCCGAGCUAUUUUAUUAUACUACCACCGAAGUUUCGCCAGAAAAUAUGUGUAUUGUAGCUACUCGAAAAUCAUGAUCAUCGUUACCGCAACAUUUAUUGUUAACGUAAUCUUAAUCUUUUCAAUUUUCAUUUCUAAUAGUUAUUAUUUCCUCGUCAGCAAUAAAUAUCUUUUUUAUAUAAUUU